AUGGCAGAGAGUGGAAGCCAUUGGGUGCAAGGAUGUGAAGAGGAUGCAAGAGGAGGUGGCAGAUCCCUCUCGGAUGCCCGCAGCCCAGAUGUUGUCCCAAACUCGAUCGGGACAAAGCGGCAUCUCCCUCGAGGGAUUGUUAUCCAGCUGACUGGAACUGAGGGAGAGUGGAGUAGCCUAGAUGAGAGUGAGCUCAUAUUCUCACUCGACCAUGAUGAGUACUAUCCCUCGGUGUCACAUUCAAGUCAAAAGCAGAUCUCGGGUGACGAUGACAGAAGAUCGCAGCCACAAGCAUUCCACGUACCACUUUCACCGUCGUCUCCUGGUUCUUUGGGUAAUUUAUCCGCCAUGAGCCCCACCUUCCUCUCCCCAGGCUCUCCUUCGCCCACUCAUCGGCCCUUGGCUAGUCUAGUGAAGUCCCUCUCCACAGAACUUGAGCUGAGAGAAGGCUCCACACUCCGACCAAAACCCCUCCUAAGCCUCGUGAAGUCAAUCUCUACAGAGCUCUCCCGUUCGGAGCCAGAGGUGUCGCAGUCCAAAUCAGACUCGCGCCUCAACCUCCACUUAUUGAAACAUCUUACGCAGCCCAAGAUCCGAAGUCGUGGAGAUUCUCGGACAGCGCCUCCAUCUCCCAGCACUCUCUCUCCCAGUGGAGAGGGUCUUAAAGGAGGCUUCUUCAAAAUGGAGCUCGAGGACACCAAGAGGAAACUCUCAGAGGCGGUUCAUGAACCGUUGAGUAGUAUGCUCAACAAGAUUAGGAAAGAUGAUAGCACAGGCAGCCCCAAACACCAUAGUAAGGCAAACUCGGCCAUUUCCAGAGGAUUGCAUCGGGAAGGUAGCACAGACACGGGGAUGUCAGAUUCUCCACUAAGGAGUGGUGGCAGGAUAGAUGGGGAUGUUUUCAACUGGCCUCCAGUUAAAAAUCCUGGUAGAAGCCCUAGAAAUACCUGUCCUGUGCAUCACUGCAAACAUCUCAGUGAUGAAGAGCAAGGGUUUUACUUGGAUGGAGACAUGACGCAGGUUUUUUCCAACAAUGCUCAGCCACAGUCCAGGAAACCUGCUGAAGUUGUAUCCAGGACAACUUCACUUCACUCUCCACUUCACGCAACCAAUCCUCCACCAUGCAUGAGUUUAUUCUGUGUGGCAGUAUUAUCCUACGGUUAUUUUACCCUACCUCUAAAUCCGUACUUCUCUGGCCUGGCUCUUGGGAUGGCAAUGGGUUUCUUGCUCGGACUCUUGCUGAUUAGAAUGGGCUCUUCUAGGUCUCUUUGUUUAGCUUCUCCAAACCGACCACUUCUUGGAGAGGGAAUUCUAGGAGAUUGCUCUACUGAACCAAACAUCCUCAAGGGUUGGAUGAACGAGGUUCAUGAUUACGACCCAGAGACGUACCAUUCAGCACAGACACACUCUGUGUUUGCCACACUGGAGGGAUCCUGUCUCCGGCUCGACACCCCCCAGUCUAACAUCAGCCGCAGGGCCAUUUACGACGAGAGAAUCAGCGAGUCCAUUUUCAUAAAAACGCGCACCUACCAGCUGGAAAAGAGCAAAGUAUUCUUGCUGCCGUCUGUAUUGGCUCGGAAGCGCCUAUGGAACCCCAAAUAUCCUAUCUGCAUCAAACUGCCCAGUGGAGUAGACGCCCUGGAGGAGGCUAAACAAAAGUCUGAGGAGAAGCAGUCAAGCAGUAGCUCAUGCCAACGUUUUUCUGAACCACUCUGUAACCCACCAACAACUCUUUACCUCUUUGGGCGCACGGGGAGAGAAAAGGAAGAGUGGUUUCGUCAUUUCCUGCUCACAACUACAGACGCACGACAAGAAAGGGACCAGGACAAACCAAAGCCUGGCAAGUGUGUGCCUCCAUUGGGUGACCCAGUACUGUCACAGGCUAUCAGCAGCCACAGCGAUAUCCCAUGCAGCAGAGGCUCUAGCAGAGUGGGCAGCAGUGAAGAUGAUGCCCCCUCCACGCCUGCAGUUCCUCUCAGUCAGACCUCCUUCUGCAGCAGCACCACCAGGGGCCUUUCAUUGCUUGACUACCCUUUGUACAUGUCUCGUCUUCUGGCCACAGAAGAAUCUCUCCCGCUUUCCAGCCCUGGAGUUGGCAGCGCGGAGACCAGCCCCAACCUCAAAGGAAACUGUACCUGUCAUCAGGUGGAGUACCCCAGGGGAAGUUCACCUGUAUGGGUCAACGCUCUCAUUGGUCGAAUCUUUUGGGACUUCCUGAGAGAGAAGCAAUGGACUGACAUGGUUUCACACAAAAUCCAGAAGAAGCUCAGCAAAAUCAGAUUGCCUUACUUUAUGAAUGAACUGACACUGACUGAGUUGGAUAUGGGCUUUUCCAUGCCACAAAUCAUAUCUACCUCCCGGCCAGAGGUUAACCACAGAGGCCUGUGGGUGGAGUUGCAGCUAGCCUACAAUGGCACACUACAGAUGACCCUCCAAACCAAAUUUAACCUGUCCAAAUUGGGUAAAGAGGGUGGACAGGACACUGAAUGGGUGACUGAAACUGGAAAUACACGCUGCAAACCUGUCCUAAGUGUGCUGGCAGACAGCGAUGAAGAGUCCUCCAGUGCAGGGUCAUCUGAUGAUGAAGAGUUUUUCAUGGCUCUGCCUCAGGGCCCCACUGGGGAAAAGGGCCCUUCAUCAGCUACAGAUGGGACAGGGGGUGGUCGGACUGGAAGGAAGAUUUUGAGAUUUGUGGACAAAAUCGCUAAGUCUAAAUAUUUCCAGAAGGCAACAGAGACAGAGUUCAUCAAGAAGAAGUUUGAGGAGAUGUCAAACACGCCUCUGCUGCUUACUGUCGAGGUUCAAGAGUUGUCAGGGUCCUUAGUAGUCAACAUCCCACCGCCCCCUACUGACAGGAUAUGGUAUAGUUUCUGCAUACCACCCAAGCUGGAUCUGCGUGUCCGGCCCAAACUAGGUGAAAGAGAAGUAACCUUAUGCCAAGUGACUGAGUGGAUUGAAAAGAAACUACAGGAUGAAUUCCAGAAAGUGUUUGUGUUGCCAAACAUGGAUGACAUCUAUGUUCCCAUGAUGCAGUCUGGUGCCGACGGUAACUCCGUGUUGUUGGAGGUCGUCCGCGAUGGUGUCAAGCCAUCGAGUGCGGCGCUUUCCUCGUGGUCGUCUCUAGCCUGCAGCCUUUGGGUCAAACUCCAGGAUGGUGCUUGUCGGGUGGUCAGGAGAAAGAUGGAGAACAUGCCCAAGCAAACAGAUGCGGCCAGGCGGGAGGCUCUGAGCUGA